AUGCAGCACGUUCUUCAAACCGCACUGGGCUCUGGCUUCUCGGCCACCGAGGGAUACCACUCAGAAACACCUAACAAGGUCGACCCCUCUUUCAAUGGCAUGAAAGCAGUUCUGCCUCAGUCAUUCGUUCCCGAAAAGUCGACGCGCAUCACGUUGAAAGGCAAGAAGGCCGACGUGAAGAUUCCCUGGAUGUCCAUUGGAGCAUGGUCAUGGGGAGACAAGGCAACAUGGCACUGGGACCCUAAGGAACGCGAGGGUUUGAACGUGGCUUGGAAGUACCUGGUCGACAACGACAUUACCUNNGUGAGUCGCGUUCAGCCUGGAUCGAGAUUGAUGAAUACUGACACCAUCCUAGACAUUGACACUGCUCAGGCCUACGGUUCAGGCGAGAGUGAGAGAAUCUGUGGUGAGCUUGUCAAGGAUAUGCCUCGUGACAGUUUCGUCAUGCAGACCAAGUACUACGUUGUCCCUGACAACUUUAAGAACAUCUUCACGCCAGCAUCUGCACCAUACAAGAUGCUCAAGGAGUCGCUGGAGCGCAUGAAUCUAGACUUUGUCGACGUCUACAUGGUACACGGACAUAUCCAUGCUGGAAGCAUCAAGCAAGUUUCAAAGUCGCUGGCUCAAUGCGUUGACGAGGGUCUCUGCAAGGUAGUUGCUGUUGCCAACUACAGUAAGGAAGAUAUGUUGCAGAUGAAGGAAGAGUUGGCUCAGUACGACAUUCCUCUCGAGCUGAACCAAUGCGAGUUCCAUGUCAUGCGCCGACUCCNNCCUGAGACAGAAGGCAUGCUGAGAGCGUGCAAAGAGAACGGUAUUCAAUUCCAAUCAUACUCGUCACUGGCACAGGGUCGCUUGACCGGAAAGUGGACACCUGAGAAGGAGCCACCAAAGACAUACCGCUUCAGCUCAUACCCUAUCAAGGAUAUUCAAGACACACUCGAUGUGGUGAAGAGGAUUGCAGAGAAGCGCGGUGUCAGCAUGGCUGCCGUGGCGCUCAACUACAACAUCAGCAAGGGUGUCAACCCAGUUGUUGGUGUUAGAAACCUCGAGCAGGCUAAGAGCAACCUUCAGGCAUUUGGCUGGAGGUUGACAGAUGAAGAGAUUCAGGAGAUGGACAGCGUCAGUAUCGAGGGCAAGCACAGCAAGCUCUGGCAGCAGGGUUAA